UGAGAAAAAGAAUAAAAAAGUGUGAAAGAGGAACCCUAGAGAGAGGGAGAGGGGGAGAGUACUCAUGUCGUCGCUGGAGAAAAAAAAGUGUGAAACGUUCCGACGUGAGCUGUGGUGGAUUUCUCCCCCGUGAAAAGUUCAUGAAUUCAGAUUGCGAAAUCCGUGAAAAUAGAGCAACCAAAUGCUCUGGCCAUCUGGCCUGAAAAGCUCACCGCAUGGACCUCUGCCCAGGGAAAGGUUCCCCUUCCUCCUCCCCUUCCCCUCACAGCACGGGAAAUCUGAUCGGAUUCCACCUCCCCAACAAACCAAUCAACCAUCUCCGUGACUCCCUCUGUCCGCACUUGAUCGAUAUCUUGGUUGUUAGAUCCGUCCAAACAAAACGAAUCAGAAGCUCGGAGGCGCAGAUGAGAAGAGAUUCCUAGGCAGCCAUGGACCGAGUCUUCUUGUUCCGCGACUCCCUCCGUCCGCCUACCCACCGUGGCGACGGCUCUGAUCUGGCGAACGGCACAUGGCCGAGCUGGGUACUCCUCGACUUCACCGCCUACGUCCUCGACCGGCGCAACUCCACCACCGCAACCUGCAAAUUCAGGGGCGACAAGGAGCUCCAGGUCACCUUCUUCCCCGCCCACCCGCCGCGCGUCUCCUACUUCUGCGUCUACUGCUCCGGCUUGAAACCCAGCGACUACCCCAUUGAGCCCACGGUCAUCGCCACGGAGGCCAACCUUGUCCUCCUCCGCAUCGCCGUCGGCGCUAGACACGAACUUUGGUGCCCCAGAGUGCACGACUACUUCAUCUACAGUGCCGACGGGGGUGGCCCCGAUGGGGGGCCGUUGCUCGAGCAGCUUCCGCACCCCAGCCCUUACUUCUUUCGUGACGAACAGAUUGGCCUCCUCAGCUACGACACGGGCGGCUACACCGUCGUCGCACUCCGUGACGACUCAUCUGAACUCUACCGUAAAGGCUCGCCCGCCGCACUGGAUCAGUACGACGUCUGCAUCCUCCACUCCAAGGACAAGGUUUGGACCAUCAAGGCCGUGGACGUGCCGCGGGAACAACUGCAGCAACGCAGCGACGGCUUUCGCCAUGAUACCUCCAAGGUGAUCACCAUAGGAGGAGAACAUGGCACCAUGGCCUUUGUCGACCUUUGGCGUGGCAUCCUGUGGUAUGAUGUGCUCAGCGGCGACGCCUUGCUUCGCUACACCCUGCUACCAGAGAUCAGCCCCGGCAGUAGGAGGGAGUACAGUGUCAAUCCAUUGUUUACUCGGGACAUUGCCUUCGUCGAAGGCCACAUCAAGUAUGUCGAGAUGCCGAUGAAUGUCAAGACGAGCACAAGCUGCGUUGCUUCGAAGGCUGCCACAUGGAGCAUGCCGGCAACAACUUCUUGUCAGGAGGAUACUUGGCUCCUUGAAGGCAACAUUGAAGUUUCUAAGAUCCGUGAUGACGAAAACCUACUGUGUUCUGAAUUGCUGCGAAUGUGGAAGUACGACGAAGGGAAACCUAAGCCAACCAUGGAGAGUCUCCACACAGGCCACCCCACACUCAGCUUGCGCAACAAUGGUAUUGUCUACUUCAUGACUAAGGUUGCGUCCAUGGACAGUAAGGCAUGCGUGAUUGCUGUUGACAUGAGUGAGGGGACGAUACAAGGAGUGGCUAGGUUUGGCGCAGAAAGAACCGGUGGCAUAAGUUUCACCUACAUGCACAGUAGGUUCUCCAAGUAUCUAAAGAUGCCUCCAGGUACGAAGGGUGCUUCCUCGAAAAGUAAAAAGAAAGGUAGGAAGUUCACUGUGAUUGCCCUGCCUUCUAGGCGCUGCCAGGUUCUAAGGUUCUAAAGGUUCUAAGAAGCUUUCUGGAAUUCCCAUGAAUUAUGUGGAGUGUGUGGGAGCUAGGGACGCGAGGACCAUGUGGACUUAGGAAAUAAGUAGGGUUAUAUAAGUAUUGGUCGUGUUCUUUCAUGUCUCAAUAUGAUGGCUAGAUUUCUGUCUGGUUUGUCGAAGUUUUAUUUAUUAAGGUCAUGAUGCAGUUGCCAGGUUGGAUCUUAUGGGAGACUAUAAAUUCUCUUUAAACUU